AUGGUCAAAGUUGCAAAAGCGUGGCACAAGACGUUUACGUUUCACAAUCCUCUUCUAAUGACAUUUCACACCAAUCUAUCAUCAUCUUUCUCCACGUCCUCGGCUAAGCGCGUGGGCACGCACAGCGGAACCUUCCACUGCGACGAAGCCCUCGCUUGCUUUAUGCUCCGCCUUUCUAAACCCUUCUCCGGCGCCGAUAUAGUUAGAACCAGAGACCCAAAGCUUCUGGAAUCAUUAGAUGCCGUAGUCGACGUCGGAGGCGCUUACGACCCGAUACGACACCGUUACGAUCAUCAUCAAGAGGAUUUUCACCAGGUUUUCGGUCAAGGCUUCGUCACUAAGCUCAGUAGCGCCGGGCUCGUCUAUAAGCAUUUUGGAUUGAAGAUAAUUGCAAAUGUGCUUCGUCUUGAUGAAGGUCAUCCUCAUGUACACCAGUUAUAUCCAGCUAUAUACAGAAACUUUGUAGAGUCAGUUGAUGCUGUGGAUAAUGGAGUGAAUCAAUAUGAUUCGGACGAAUCUCCGAAAUAUGUAAUCAACACAGACUUGGCAUCUAGAAUUAAACGAUUGAAUUUGGACUGGACUGAUGCUGAUCAGUCAUCUGAUGCAGAAACCGAGGCUUUUCAUAGGGCAAUGGCUCUGGCUGGUGGUGAAUUUUUGGAGAAUGUGAAUUAUUAUGCAAAAUCAUGGUUGCCAGCACGUUCUAUUGUUAUGGAGUGUCUUGCAGCAAGAGAAACUGUUGAUUCUUGUGGGGAGAUUAUAAAACUAAAUCGACCUUGUCCUUAUUUUUUCUCUCUUGCUCCACAGUGGAAAUUUCACAUACAUGAGCUUGAGGAGGAAAUGAAAAUCAACCCUUCCAUCAAAUAUGUUCUUUACCAGGAUGAUAGGAGUGAGAAAUGGAGACUACAGGCAGUGGCGAUUUCACCUGCUAGAUUUGAGAGCAGAAAACCACUACCAUAUCUUUGGAGGGGUUUGGAAAAUGACAGGCUAUCUGAGGUUGCUGGAAUCCCAGGUUGUACUUUUGUGCACAUGAGUGGUUUUAUUGGAGGAAAUAAAAGUUAUGACGGUGCUCUAGCAAUGGCAAAAACAUCUUUAAAUGCUUAG